UUCAUUAUAAAAAGUAAAUGAACGAACAUUUACAACUACCAACGAACUAUCCGUUCGAAGAUAAGAGAUUCAUAUACACAACAAUCAUGCAUUAUCAUCGGUGUCUAGUAACGUUUAUGAGUACAAUUGUAUUACUGACAAUUGUACAUGAUGUAACAGGUUCUGGUUUCGGGGAAGAGGAAACUACUUCAACUUCAACAACGCCUACGGGUUCAGCCAACUCCAUGAAAGUGUCUUGGAUAACCAUUUCAUCAAUCUCCAUGAUAGUGAUUGGACUGAUCAAUGGUCAUUUAAGAAGAUUCAUCUUCUAGAAUCUGACAAUCGUUGACUACAACAGAAGCUCAUUUUGUAUGUUACAUUACUAGUAUUCCUUAAAAAAUACAGAAAUACUUUGAUGUAAACA